GCGUAAGUCUUGUGAGUUCUCAUUUUUGGAUUAAAAAAAACUACUUCUAGGAUAGGAUUGGAUUCUUUGGUUUACAAUCCUGUGCGAGACCAGUUGCUGAUCACUUCUGCCGAAGAAAAUAUCUAUGUUGUUUCAUUCAGUGAUUUGUCCAUCAAAAGGCAAAUUGUUGGUUUCCAUGAUGAAGUAUAUGCCUGCGCUCUACUUGGUAAGGAUGAAUCUCACUUAGCUGUUGCUUCCAACGCGAGGGAAAUUCGUUUAUAUGACACCACGACUUGGGAUUGUCAACUGAUUGAAGGACAUACUGAGGGUGUUCUACACGUCACAACAGCUAGAUUUGAUCCUACACUCUUGGCUUCAUGCAGCAAGGAUAAUUCAAUAAUUGUGUGGAAACUGCAAGGUAAAUCGGGAGCGAGCGGUUCGAAAUUCCGUUUGCAACCAAUAAGUCGAGCAACCGGUCACACUAGUUCUGUGAACUCCGUGUGCUUUUCAUCAACGUCGAAGAGGCCGUUUUUGGUCUCCGUAGCGACCGAUGCAACCAUAAAGCUGUGGUCCUUAGUAGAUCUUAAUUACGAUGUCGAUGAGGGCGUCAGUAUAGAAGAUCUAGGAAAGCUCGCUUGCUCCUCGACGCUUGUGGCACAUGCUAAAGAUGUAAACUGUGUGGAUGUUGCGCUCACUGAUAGCAUCUGUAUCACUGGAGGCAUGGACAAACUGGUAAAACUGUGGCAUAUCGAUACUGCUAAAAUGCGAUUGGGUAUCGCUGGAACGUUGUCUGGCCAUCGAAGAGGAGUUGCUGAUGCAAGAUUCUCUCCAAACUCUUUGGUAUGUGACUGGUUCCGAUACAAUGAUUUUCCUUUUCAACUUUCUUGUUUCAUUUCUUCCUUCGUCUUCUUGUUUCCUACUCGUUUUCACGUUCCCGCUUCUUUGUCAGUCGAGAAAGCUUCUUUCUUCCUAUACGGACACAGUCUUUACCUCUAUUGUGCUCUUAGGGGCGCAUACAUUAACAUCCCCACUGGGGAGGGGAUCGCAGCUUAGAA